AUGAAGGAAGGAAAGAGAAGGAAAAGAAAAAAGUUGAGAAAAGAAGAAAGCGAAAAAAGAGAAGGCAAAUUUGUGAGAUGUUUGUACAGCAUUAAUGAAGAACUAUACAUGAAGUGCACGUGGAGUUCUAUCGGCAACACUAGCGACAGGAACAGAAACCUAAACUUUUCACAAUGGAUGUCAUAUCCUCAGCUUAUAAUUGUAUCGUUUUUGGAUGAUUUUUUGAAUGAAAGUGGAUUCCAGUACGAUCAAGUCUUGAAAAAAGUAAGACUUACAAGAGCAAUAAAGGACGCGGCUCUACUACACUAUGAGAAGAGACAGGAACAAAAUGGACCCAGCUCUUAG